AUGGCACGUCCGUCAACGCGGAAGCUGCUCACGCCGGACGCGACGUGCAGCCUCCCGACCGUCGUGACGCCCGAGCCUGUCCACUUCGACGUGGCGUUGGGCCACGCCGCCACGCUCCGUGCGACGGGCAGCGCCUUUAUUGCGCUCAACGGCCGCGACGACGGCGUCCUUGUCGAGUGGCAGCCCAAGGGCGGCGACCCCGAGUAUUUUCCUAACGGUCUCCGCUUCUACGACAGCAUGGGCGAGCCGAUUACGACGGCUGCCGAAGUCAACGCCGAGCGACUUGUGUACGUCCUUGUCGACUUUCAGAUCUGGGUCUGGCCCGGCAUCAAGGUCGGGUACACGCGCAACAUUGACGGCAUCUCGCUUAAGACGAUCUCGCUCUCGCCGCUCGUGUUUGACGUCGAGGUGUUCUUUGACGCCAAAGAAGCGGAUGCGAUCAUUGCCGAGGGCAUGAACAAGCUCCAGCGGUCGCCCGUCGGCAGCAAGGACGCGACUGACGGGUACCACUCGGACCGCACGAGCUACACGGCGUUUCUCGACGACUCGGCGUUCACGCGCGACUUUCGCCGGCGCACGGCGGCCCUCGCGCAUCUACCGAGCCCGGCGCUUUCCGAGCGUCUCCAGCUCGUGCGCUACGAGGCCGGUCAGUUCAUCCGCAAGCACGAAGACUACUUUGACUCGAAGGACUUCCUCGGCAAGAAGAACUUGGCGGUCGCCGACUACAAGACGAGGUGUACAUGGGCGGCCGCUACGAUCGAGAGCCUCCCGGCCGAGGCAGGUUUGGACCCGAGCUUUCAGCGCGACGGGCCCAUGCCCCCAAACACCGACGAUACGAUGACGUGGCAGCACAGCGUGCUGCAGGCGUUUCUGAACGACCCGGCGGCGACCGACUUUUUCACCGAGUACGCGGAUGUCGAGUGGGGCGACUGGGUCAAGGAAAACGUGGCGAACGGCGCGAACGGCUUCGUCGAGAUACUCCUCGAAAGUCGCGGGUACAUGCUGCCGCACAUCAUUGCGUCGUGGGAGAAGCGCGCGGCGCUGCCGGCCCUGCAUUACACAGCGCCCAAGCCGCCCGUCAGCGGCGUCUCGCACUACUUUCGCUGGAUCCGGUGGGCCAAGGAAUGCAUCCAAGACCACGGCGCGGACGCCCCCGCCGAUGUCCAGCCCCCACUACCCGACAUACCGUACGACGUUCGAAAAGACGCUUGUCAAAUUCGUGCUGGAAGACCAUACCCUCGACGAGCUGGCGGCGCUCGUCGGUAUCGAGUGGGUCGAGUUUCUGCAAACCAACCAAGACGCCGAGAACGUUUUGCUCGAUGCUGCCCGGAGCAGCGUCACGUUUUUCGAACUCGCCGUGAACGCUUGGACCAAGCGCGCCGGCGACGCCUUCCGCUACGCGUACUACCGUGUCUACGAGGAGGCCGAUCGCUGAGACAACUGUCUAAGUUCCCUACGCAUUUGCGCCACUCUGAACCGAACCGGUUCGCGACGCUCUUCCUGUACCUCAACGAUGUCGACGAGGGCGGUGAAGGCACUUGAGUUGACAAGCUUCGUAACGUCCUCAAUGAUAUCGCAAAGACACUAGCGAGGCUGCGCAGCAGAGCUAGCCCCACACACGCCGUCGACCACGUAGCUAGGACGCCGCCGACGCCUCGAUGGGACAGUGCAUCCGUGGGGCGCCGCGACAGUAGCUAACCUCGAGCUCGAUAGCGUUGCAACACUUUUGCUCGGCUACAGAUUUCUUCUUGUGGCGUCUCAACUUUAUUUGCUUGCCAGCGCCAGCCAUUAGCGCCUUGUAGAAUAUUACUUGCGUUGUAUAUUACCACA